CACCCUUCGACGUCAACCGAUCUGAACUCUUCCUCUAUCUUGCCCACGACACGGCUUGAUUCUUCUCACCACUUCACUGUCGACUUUGUUCUUUCCCAGUCUCUGUAGUUGUCGCUCCUACAAAAUUAUGAGCGUGUGCCUGACCCAAUAAGAGGCACGUCCUCCUUGUCGGGUCCUCAUUCAUAUUUUACUGCCUCACCUCUCUGCCGCUUCAACGACUAUUGUCCGAUCACAGCUCCUGGCAGAGAUUUUCCUCCUAUAUCGAUAACCCUGCCGCCUUCAGCCUUGCCAGAUCCGAUAUUCCUAUCCCAGCUUUGCCGACUUUUGCGAAAACUGUUCUUGUGUGCACUCGCAUGUUGCAAACUGCGCUUUGUGGCGCGAAUCCACAACACCUGCGUUGUCGGACAGUCUCCACCACCAUCAAGACCUGAAAGACCCUAAAACCAUGUCGACUCCUUCUACGAUAGCAACCACUAUCGUCCCUGCUCACUAUGGUUAUUCUCAUCAGAAUCCUUAUUCUCCCUCGGCGCUACCAUACCCCGCAACAAAUACACUGCCAGCACCGCAGCGGCUGACGACUUCGUAUCACUCAUAUCCAGCAGCUGCACAAUAUCCACGACCACAACCAUCUCCCGCCUCGUACAGGCCACCUUCGAACGUGUCGUCCAUGGCACCUUCCCAGGCUGCCUCGAUUUUACCAGACAACCAGCCCCGAAAACAACCUGACUGGAAUGAGUUUUACAAGAACGGUGUUCCGAAAGAAAUCAUAGUUAUUGAUGAUGACAGCCCAGAACCUGACCACACGGGCAACGCCUCCGGCCAACAGCAGCAGGCCGAUGCUUACGGCUCCAAUACUCGGAAACGAAAGGUCGACCAGGGAUAUGAGAUCGAAUACACAGAUAGCCCGACAUAUUCAACACAUCCAGCGAAAUUUGGCGGCUCAACGUCUUCGGCAGCAUCUUACCAUUCUGGUGAUCGAACCACAUCCCUUCAAACGAUCACAGCACCUACUUCACUUGAGUCGUACGGGAGCAACCCUGCUAGCACAAGUUACGAGGAUGUAAGGACAGGGCAAAAAAGGAAACGAGCACAACCACAGAAAGAAACGAGAGCCCAAGCCAAAAGACGACAGCAAGAGACGACAGACGCAUUCGCAGACUACAUACCCCCUCCCAAGCCCGCCAAAAAGGCUCCGGACGUCCAUGUUCCCGUCAUUCGUGAUACUGUGCACAAACACCAAAAGGUGGAUGAUGACGAUGGACACUAUAUCGUUACCUCUAACACGCCGUUGACUGAUCGAUAUGAUAUCAUCAAGCUUCUGGGUCAAGGCACCUUUGGAAAGGUCGUCGAAGCAUUCGACAAGAAGAAAAAGACAAAGUGUGCUGUCAAGAUUAUCAGAUCUGUCCAGAAGUAUCGUGAUGCUUCUCGAAUUGAGCUGCGAGUUCUCUCGACACUGGCUCUAAACGACAGACCCAAUAGGAACAAAUGCAUACAUCUGCGAGACUCCUUUGACUUUCGGAAUCACAUCUGUAUCGUCACCGAUUUAUUGGGACAGAGCGUCUUCGACUUUUUGAAGGGGAACGGCUUUGUUCCCUUUCCCAGCUCUCAAAUACAAAGCUUUGCUCGUCAACUCUUUACAAGCGUGGCGUUCUUGCAUGAUUUGAAUCUGAUCCACACCGAUCUGAAACCAGAAAACAUCCUCCUCGUCCACAAUGCGUACCAGACCUUUACCUACAACCGGACGAUUCCAUCGUCAUCGCACACAAUCUCUAGGACAGCCAGACAGCGGAGGGUCCUCCUUGACAGCGAGAUUCGACUAAUAGAUUUCGGCUCGGCCACUUUUGAUGACGAAUACCAUUCGUCGGUGGUGUCAACGCGGCAUUACCGAGCGCCAGAAAUCAUCCUCCAGCUUGGGUGGAGCUUUCCUUGUGAUAUUUGGAGCAUUGGGUGCAUCAUUGUCGAGUUCUUUACUGGAGACGCCUUGUUCCAGACGCACGAUAAUCUCGAGCAUCUGGCCAUGAUGGAAGUGGUCUGUAACGGGAAGAUCGACCCUAAAAUCGUAAAGCAAGUUUGCUCCGGAGGCCGUGGUGCCAAUGCCAAUUCUGCAUCCAAGUUUUUUACCCGAGGAAAGUUAGAAUAUCCCAACCAAGAGACAUCAAGGGCUUCACGGAAAUAUGUGAAAGCCAUGAAACACUUACAUGAGUUUAUCCCGGGAAACACUGCCUUCAACAAGAAAUUACUCGACUUACUCAGGAAGAUCUUCGUCUACGAUCCCAAGCAAAGAAUUACUGCAAAGGAGGCUCUCAAGCAUCCUUGGUUCAAGGAGACACUGAUCGACGAUGGGACAGAGGCCAUCCGAAUACGGGAGGAACGUGCGGCUUUAGGCCCUGAGGCAAAACGACCGCGCGUUUAGAUGAGCUGCAGGACAUCCAUUUGAUGUCCUUCGGAUGGGUAAUUGCAUUGCGACGAAAUCACGGCAACGUGAGACUCCACGACUGUAAUGAAAACGCCUCUUUAAACCUGUCACUACAUGUGCCAGAUGAACAGAGAUUUCCAAAGGCGUCUGAUGGUCAAUAUAUUGAUUAGACCUCACAUUUUUCCUGUCCAGCACCUAUGACGGGAUGAAGUGCUCCGGAUUCAUGUACAAAUCAAGUCGAAUCCUUUGAGCUCCAGGGUGCUGACACGAGGAACUCACAGUCCUCCUAGCUGUGGGUGACUCGACGUCAUGACAUAUUCCACACUACAAGAGAAGUGUAUGCUUAAGGGGGAACCAUUAGUCGCUAAGACACAAUAUGAAUAUUGAAUUCAACCUUUCUCUUUUCUGGGUUGGAAUGUAGUGAUGGGUUAAUAUGACCUUGUGACGGGAGAUACUUUGCCCAACUUGCACCUACUAGACAUGAAUUCACUCAAGUGGAUAUCUCGG